AUGCGCUUCUCUGUCAUCGCUGCCGCUGCCAUUUCCUGCGCUGCCCCGGUCUGGGCCAACGCCGAAACCACAAUCAAGGCAGUCGGUGAUGUCGACAAGACGGCUCUCAAGGACUGCCUGGACUCGUACCGCAACGACAAUUGGGACGGCAUGAACUGCGGAGCCCGAGGCUGGUUCAAGGGCCACCGCCCCGCUUACCAGAGCUCCAACAACUGCUACGACGCCUGCGCUCCGGGCAUCAGGUCUGCCAUUGAUCAGGGCGGGUCCAAUGUCGAGUGUAGGGACUACGAGGGCGUGACCCAGUGCUGGAUGGGUUACAACUAG